AUGGGAGACAUGAACGCACGUAUUGGCAAUACAGCGAUAAAAGGCAUCAAGCAGAGAUUUAAUGAGUCAGACCUUAAUGAUAGAGGAGAAAUGCUGAUUGAAUUCUGUGCCCAAAAUGAACUACGUAUAAACAAUACUUUCUACCAACACAAACUCCAGCACAAAAUCACAUUUUCAAACAACCGUGGAGAUACAUCCAUGAUUGAUUUCAUUGUUACCAACAGAGCAAUUAACCCAAGCUUGAUUGAAGAUGUAUGCAGCCUUACCUCUGCCAAUAUCAACUCAGACCAUAACCUUGUACUAUGCAAAACUCGAAUACAUCACAAUCCAAAAAAGAUCAAAGUUGCAGAAACAAGAACAAAAUACAACAUCGAAUCGCUCAGGAACGAAAGUACUAUGCAGCUAUAUGAGAAGAGAUUGAAGCAACACUUAAUUAGUGAACAGAUCAAUGAAGAAGACACUGUUGAAAUAACCUGGCAGAAAAUUCUAAACAGUAUAAAAAGGGCAGCAGAUGAAGCCAUAGGAUCCAGAACAUUAAAGAACACACAGAAAAAGAAGUCAAAACCAUGGUAUACCCCAGAAGUAAAGGAAAUAACAGCACUUAAAAGACAAUCCUACCUUACUUAUAAAAGCAAUCCCACUACAGAUACUUUUAACAACUAUAAAGCAGUGAGAAACUCGGUAAACACUCGAAUCCGAGAAAUCCAAAAGGAAUUCUGGGCCGAAUUUUAUACUAAGAUGCAGAUGGACUUCUAUGGCGCACAAAAACUUAUAUGGAAGGUUCUAAGAUCCAUGAAGAGGGAAGUGAACGAGGAUACCACCAUAGUUAGCAUCGAAGAUGAGAAACUGAUGUCCCACUUUAAAACUCUAUAUGGGAACAACAUCACCCACCAGGCAGGAACACCGAACACUACAAACAGAACAUCACACGAAAACACCACAUUGCUUGAGAUAACGGAGGAUGACACAAGGGAUGCAAUGAAAGAACUUAAAAACAGAAAGUCACCUGAUGAAGAAAACGUCACAAAUGAACUUAUAAAGGGUGUGGCGAAAUCUUAA